CUCACUCGAAGCACAACUUCUCGUGAACGUGUCCGGGGACAUGUUAGUUUGAAAACCAGUUAUGACAUAACACCGGAAACGUCCGGUGCUCGAUCACAGUCAGCUGACUGAACAAGUGACAAAAGUUUAACGAGCAAAUGAAGUGACGGCAGCGCGUGAAGCUUGCCUCUUCUUUCCAAGCUGAUCAGGGUUUAAUAAUGCGUGGGUUCAUUUGUGGACCUAAACUCGCCGCGUGUGGGGUGAUUUUGUCCACGUGGGGGGUGAUAAUGUUGACCAUGCUGGGGAUUUUCUUCACCACGCAUUCAGCAGUGUUGAUUGAAGACGUGCCUGUGACAGAUGAAGAAAUCUACCAGGAUACAAACCCUCAGAGGAUCUACGACCUGUACAACAAGGUGGGCUACAACUGCUUCAUAGCAGCUGCUAUCUAUGUCAUGUUUGGAGCCUUCUCAUGCUGCCAGAUGAGGCUCAACCAGCAGAAGGAGUACCUGGUGCACUAGUGCCCCCUGAUGGACUGAGGAGCUCCUAGCAGCACCCUGGAAAUCCAUCUGUUCUCUGAUUCUGGACUACUGUCUCAGGGUGUAAAUUCCUCAUCAGAAGCUACGGGGAGGAAACAGAGUGCUGUGUGAGAGCAGAUCAUUGUUCUGCACCUUCAUAUAUUUAAGAUGAGAUUAUUUCUACCUCUUAUCACGUGUUGAAAUUCCUUGAUUGUGGUAGUAAAAACUACCCAUUGAAACUCAAGUAGCUUUGUUAUAAUAGUUGUUAAAUAGAGUAAAUUAUUUUGUCUUUACUUGCUCUUUCACUGUACCUACACUACUGUACAGGAGAAUGUAUAUCUGAUUAUUGCCAGUAUCACCUGUUUUUUAAAUGUUAGUCAUUAGUUCAAGUUAUUAAUUUUGUUUCAUCAUGUGUCUUUCUGUCUGUACUGUGCCUCAGUGAAAUUACAUUCUGAAGUUUC